AUGAAGUUCCUACGCUCAGGGGACCAAUUAGGGGCAACAGAUGAAACCUACCAUUCCUCUCAAUCUCUUGUAACCAACGACUUCUUCUCCGCAAGCGGCCAUUCUUUCCUACAUGGGAAACUCGAUCUCAAACCGGACACCGGCAAUAUAGAAGAAGCAGAAUUAUCGUUGCGUGAAAGCGGCGUAUUGAACUAUGAGGAAGCCAGAGCUCUGCUAGGAAGAUAUGAGUAUCAGAAGGGAAAUUUAGUAGCGGCUUUACAUGUAUUUGAGGGAAUAGAUAUAGCUGCUGUGACUCCUAAGAUCAAAAUUGCGCUUUCCAGAAAUGGAGAACGACGAAAGAGACAUUCUCAUAAUCAUGGUGAACCGGAAAUGUCUAUACAUUCUGUUGGAUUAUUGUUUGAAGCACUUUUCCUUAAAACUAAAUCUUUGCAGGUUCUUGAAAGGUUUAAAGAAGCUGCUCAAUCUUGCAAAGUUAUUAUGGACAUAGUGGAAUCUUCAUUACCUGAAGGCUUGCCUGAUAACUUUGGUGCUGAAUGUAAAUUGCAGGAGACCGUGAGCAAGGCAGUAGAGCUGCUUCCGGAGUUGUGGAAGCUUGCUGAUUGUCCGCGUGAAGCUACUUUGUCUUACCGGAGAGCACUCCUUAAUAUAUGGAAUCUUGAUGCAGGGACUACAGCAAAGAUUCAAAAAGAAUUUGUUGUUUUUCUUCUAUAUAGUGGAGGAGAAGUAAUGCCCCCUAAUCUGCGUUCCCAAAUGGAUGGUUCGUUUGUACCAGGAAACAACAUAGAAGAGGCCAUUCUUCUUUUAAUGAUUUUGCUAAGAAAAGUCUCUCUCAAUAGAAUUGAGUGGGAUCCUUCAAUUUUAGACCACCUUUCGUUUGCACUGUCUAUUUCGGGAGGCCUGUCAAGUUUAGCCAAUCAUUUGGAAGAAUUGCUCCCCGGGACUAUUCAUCGUAGUGAAAGAUUCCAUGAUCUAGCUCUUUGUUAUUAUGGAGCAGAUAAGGACUCAACGGCACUUGAUCUUCUAAGAAAAUUGUUGAAUGGUAGAGAAAGCCCAAAACAUGUUCCUGGUUUGUUAAUGGCUUCUAAGAUUUGUUGUGAGAAUCCUACCCUUGCAGAUGAAGGGGUAAGCUUCGCUCAGAGAGCGGUUGAGAGUUUGGAUGGAAAAUGUACGCAGUUAGAAAAUGUUGCAAAAUUAUAUCUUGGUGUUUCAUUAUCAGCACACUCGAAAUUAUCUGUUUCUGAUUCUGAGAAGUUUAAGACACAAUCUGAGGCACUUCAAGCCUUGGAGACUGCUGGUAGAAUGACCAGAAUGAUAGACCCGCUAGUACUUUACCAUCUCAGCUUAGAAUAUGCAGAACAAAGGAAGUUGGAUGAUGCACUUUAUUAUGCAAAGUACGUUGUAAAACUAGAAGGUGGUUCAAAUGUUAAAGGAUGGUUAUUAUUGGCACGGAUAUUAUCUGCUCAAAAAAAGUUUUUGGAUGCGGAAUCUAUUAUUAACGCUGCUUUGGAUCAGACUGGGAAAUGGGAUCAAGGUGAUUUGUUGCGAACAAAAGCUAAAAUUCAAAUUGCACAGAACCAGUUAAAGAAUGCCAUCGAGACAUACACUCAGCUUCUCGCUGUUCUUCAAAUUCAGAGAAAGAGUUUUGGUUCUUGGAAGAAGUUAUCUAAGGACGGCCGAGAUCGUGCUAAGAACUUGGAAUUGGAAAUAUGGCAUGAUCUUGCUCAUGUGUAUAUCAGUCUUUCCCAAUGGCAUGAUGCAGAGGCGUGUCUUUCAAAAUCUAAGGCCAUCAAACCAUACUCCGCUUCUAGAUGUCAUGCUCUAGGUAUAAUGUAUGAAGCAAAGGGCCUUUACAAAGAAGCUCUAAAAGCUUUCGCUGAUGCUUUAAACAUUGAUCCUGGCCAUGUUCUGAGCUUAAUCUCCACUGCUAAAAUACUUCGACAUUGCAGUAAUAAAUCAAAUCCUGCAGUCAGAAGUUUUUUGACGGAUGCACUACGACACGAUAGAUUGAAUGCUUCUGCUUGGUAUAAUCUUGGCCUCUUUCACAAAGCUGAGGGUACAGUAUCAUCAUUAGUUGAAGCUGCAGAAUGUUUUCAAGCAGCACAGUCUCUUGAAGAAUCUACUCCACUUGAACCUUUCAGAUGA